CCAACAUUCAAAUCUCGCCCACCAGGAAAGAUGAAGCUAUUCAAUACAAGUAACUUAAAUCCAUCAAUUUAUUCCCAUGCUGAGUGGUCGGAGAGGGUGCGGAUGCUCGCACCGGGCAGGGAGCUUCAACGGCAUCGGAAUCAGAAGAACCGCGGCCGCGCAUUUCUCAUCGCAAUGGUGCUGAUAUUUCUGAUCUUCAACUGCAGGAACCUGGACAUCAAGAAUGCAUCGAGCCCUUCCCAUUUACUAGCAUCCUCACACCGAAUCUCUAGACUUCACUACCUUGUCCCCGCAAAUGUCGCUAACCGUCAAGUCUGCGCCGUGGUGACUUCGGCACUCGCCAACCGAUACUCUAUACCGACGAUUCUGGGCUACAGAGGAGAGUCCUUCUUGGACGCACAAAAGGCACAUAUUGCGAAAUUGCGCGGCAUCAAAGAUUAUCUGCACAAUGCGGGAGGAGCCUCUGACGAUCUUGUCAUCAUUGUUGACGGAUUCGAUGUGAUGGCCCAAAUACCUGCAGAGGCCAUGAUACAGCGAUACUUUAAUCUCAUGGCUGAGGCGGACCAGCGGCUUGCUGAUCAACGGGGAAUCACCGUCAAGGAGCUUCAUCGAACUGGAGUAAGGCAGACUCUUUUAUGGGGAACGGAUAAGGGAUGCUGGCCCGAGAGCGAAACAGAUCCCAGGUGUUGGCUUGUUCCAUUCUCAGCACAGCCUCGGCUCAUAUGGGGACUCAAAACGGACACUGGGGAUCUUCAGUAUAGCGACUCGCGAUUUCUAAACUCAGGUACAGUGAUAGGUCCACUGGGUGACCUUCGCAAGUUCAUCGAUGCCGCAUUAUCACUGAUAGAAGACGAUUGGGAUCAGAACUUCCUCUUCCGAGACUCUGAUCAGUUUUAUAUCGCGACUUUAUAUGCUCGUCAGGAAUAUCAGAGAAUGCGAGACUUGAACGGGGGCGACUUUCCUGAAGAUAUCGCUGGAAGGGAUGUACCCAGACAAAAGGGUGGCAAAGAUGAUGUGACUGAAUAUCAUGUUGCAGUGGAUUUCGACUAUGCGUUUACGCAAACAGAAUGCCAUAACUACAGAUUUAUCCAUAAACUCCAGUACGACAAUUUUGACAUGACGGCUACUAUGAAGCAUGAUGCGCUGGAAGAAGGGUCAAGAUUCCGCCCAUACAAGAUUCAGAUGCCCGCAUCGAUCUACCAGGCAUUUCACAGAGUGUAUGAUUCACUUCCCGCAGAAGACCGACCAGCAAUGUCAAGACACAAUUGGAUUCGCAGUCUUAGACUGGGCACAAAUAUCGGCACACGGCUCAUCUUUGCCUUCUAUCACAACACAUGCGACAAAGCCGGCUUCCUCGACACCUUCCACGACGCAUGGUUCUACCCUCUGAUCCGACCUCUUCUCCGAGUCGCUGUCAGAGCGAUUCAGCACCAACAUCCAAUCAGCCCAAAACCCAUCGACGGAAGACUUUGGGUUGCUGCACGGCAAUACCCGAAACGUGAUCUCGAUGAGUACGGAGGGGUCUUUACGGAUGCGCCAGGGGAGGAGUUUAUACCACUGCAGGAAUUUUGCAGUGAGGAUAUCGAGUCUGCUAUUGGGAAGGAUACGGAUUAUCCGUUGACCAGACUCUGAUGGAUUAGGGUUGAUGUAAUGAGUUUGGAUGAUUAACCAGCGUAUUGUUUUUAUCACCGGCGUGUUAUUACACUACCUCAUUCUGCAAGCGGAUUACACGAACUAAAUGAUAUUUGAUGCCCAUAAUUAUCAUAAAGAAGGGCAAUUUGUAUUAAACGCGUUUCGUGAAUGCUCACUAGUUCUCCCUAUCAACCCAAUCGGGGUCGAUAUCGAU